AUGGGGCUGCGACCCGUGGUGGUGCUGGGCUUGCCCAAGUGUGGCACCACCUCCCUGAACGACGCCUUCGUCGCGGCGGGCCUGCGCUCUGUGCACUGGGCCCUUGACGUGGGCAAGAACUCCAAAAACGACAAGCAGCUGCGCGAGUGGGGAACUGGCAGCGAGGAGCGUUUGGUGGGGCGCCUCAUCCAAAGCGCGGUGAUGCAGAACAAGCCCCCCUUCUCUUUGCUGCCGCAGGUGGAUGCCUUCGCUGAGAUCAAUGGCCUUUACUGGGCAGAUCGCAAGAAGGAGUCGGUCCGGGCGUUCUUCCCACAGGUGCAGUAUUUGCAGCACUUGCUGCAGGCCUAUCCGGACGCCCACUUUAUCCUCAACGUGCGAGACCACGGCGCCUGGGCGCGGUCGGUGUCGCAGCACAACGACAUGCAGCGGCGCCUCACGUUGGCGGAGCUGCCGAACCUGCCCCGAGGCAGCGGCAGCGCGGAGGAGCUGAUGGCCUGGGCGGAAUGGCACCACCAGAGGGUCAUCAAGUUCGCCACCUACUCGCAAGUGCGGUUCCUGCGUUUUGACAUCGACGUGCACGGCGCCGCAGAGUUGAGCGCCUUUCUGGGCCGCGAGAUGAAGUGGCCCCACAGCAACGCCACGAAGCGGUGA